GCGUGUCGCCCCGCUCGCCCGUGCGGCGUCCGCCACUCGGUACCCGACGCUUCUCGAUCGUGCGCCGCGAGACUUUCUCGUCGCUCCCUGCAGCCAACACCACUUCCACCCGCGCGCAUUUGAUAGCUAGCCUGGCCCGGCCGGCGAUCUAUCCACCCAGUCACCUCGCGUCACCCGCCUAGCUAUCUAUCUACGCGCGCACCUAGACCCGAAGAAGCUGUCCAGCUAGUCACUGACUGUUAGUUGGAUCAUGGGGGCGCUGGCGGCGUCGAUCGCGUCUCACGUGCCGUCGGGGAUGCUGAGCGCGGGGCUGGCGGCGCUGGCGGCGCUGCCGAACCCCGGCGAGCUGGUGCGCAAGGCGGCGCGGCUGGAGGACGAGCUGAGGGAGCUGCUCCGGCUGAACGGCCGUGGCGCCGGGGCGGGGGCGGAGCAGGGGGCCGGCAACGGGGCGCAGCAGACGCGGGAGCGGUUCCUGCGCGCGUACGAGCGGCUCAAGGAUGAGCUCCUCAACGACCGCGCCUUCAACUUCGACUUCACCGAGGAGACCAGGCAGUGGGUCGCCAAGAUGCUGGACUACAACGUGCCUGGAGGGAAGCUGAACCGGGGGCUGUCAGUGAUCGACAGCUACAUGCUGCUGCGGGAGGGCACCGAGGUGGACGAAGAGGACUUCUACCUCGCCUGCGUCCUCGGCUGGUGCAUCGAAUGGCUCCAGGCGUCUGCCCUGGUGAUGGAUGACAUCACGGACAACGCCUACACCAGGCGGGACAACCUCUGCUGGUACAAGCUGCCCACCGUUGGCCUGUCUGCGAUAAACGACGGCGUGCUGCUGAAAUGCCACGUCCAGGCCAUCAUCAAGCGCUACUUCAAGGAGAAGUUCUACUUCAUGGAACUCAUGGAGCUCUGGAACGAGAUUGGGUUGCAGACCGCCAUGGGGCAGAUGCUGGACCUCAUCACCACCCACACCGGCGCCAAGGAUCUCGCCAGAUACAGGAUCCAAGGGUACCGCCGCAUUGUCAAGUACAAGACAUCCUACUAUUCCUUCUACCUGCCGGUUGCCUGUGCAUUGCUCUUGAAUGGCGCGAAACUGAGCGACUACGUCGAGCUCAAAAAUGUACUGAUUGAGAUGGGAGUCUACUUUCAGAUACAGGACGACUACCUCGAUUGCUUCGGCGACCCUCAAGUUAUUGGCAAGGUUGGAACAGACAUAGAAGACUACAAGUGCUCCUGGCUAAUUGUCCAGGCUAUGGAACUGGCUAAUGAGAAUGAGAUGAAAAUACUAUAUGAAAACUAUGGCAAGUCUUGCCCGGAAUGUGUUGCAGCAGUGAAAAAUGUUUAUAAGGAGCUUGAUCUCCAGGACAUAUUCUUGGAGUACGAGUCAAGAGUUUACAAGCACCUAGUUUCAACCAUCGACGCCGAGCCAGACCGUGCGAUUCGGGAGAUUUUGAAGAUCUUUCUGAAGAAGAUUUAUAGGAGAAAGAAGUAGACGACCCUCUCUGCUGUUUUCACAACCGUGAUUACUACGGGAGGAACCUUAAAUACAUUCCACGGUUGGGGGUGUCAUGCGCUCCCUUGUACAACGUGUAUGAUAUGAACUGUAUGAACUCGAGAAGACACUGCCUUGAAAUAAAGACCAUAUAUGUGAA